AUGAAGCGAAAAGGUCUCGAAAUUGAAUUUACAGAUCUCCCAAGAGCAAAGAAAAUCAAAGCGCCAAUGGCAACUCAGAAACUUCCACUCACGCCCCAAGAGCAAAGGCUCAGGAAACUCUUGCUGGAUGUUGCAAGUUUCAUUGAUGAGGCCAAAAAGAUUGAGGAGAAGAUCGAGCUUCGGUUUGCUGGGGGCUGGGUGCGGGAUAAGCUUCUGGGCAUCCCCAGUCAUGAUAUCGACACGGCUAUCAAUGUUAUGACAGGGGAAGACUUCUGUCUCCAACUCCAAGAAUAUUGCACCGAUCCCCAAAACCUCGAAAAGCACUCCCUUGGACCUGAAGAUUUGGGAAGCAUCCAUAUCAUUGCCGCAAAUCCAGAAAAGUCCAAGCAUCUCGCAACUGCCACCAAAAGAAUUUUGGGGUUUGACGUAGAUUUUGUCAAUCUACGGAAGGAGACAUAUUCGGUAGAUAGUCGUCAUCCUCAAGUGGAGUUUGGGACUGCAGAAGAAGAUGCUCUACGCCGAGAUGCCACAAUUAAUUCCCUCUUCUACAAUCUUCUCACCGACCAAAUAGAAGAUUUCUGUGGUGGUUUAGAAGAUAUCCAGGCCAAACGCAUCAGAACACCACUUGAACCUCUCACCACCUUCACCGAUGAUCCUCUACGAGUGCUGAGACUCAUCAGAUUCGCUAGUAGGCUGGGAUUCAAGAUUGAUCCCGAGACAGAGGUUCCCAUGACUGAUCCUGCUGUUAGUGAAGCCCUCAAGGUCAAGAUCAGCAGAGAGAGGGUUGGAGUUGAAGUCGAGAAGAUGCUCAAAGGUCAAAAUCCUCUGAGUGCUCUCGAGCUCAUUGAUCGACUUGGCCUCUACCAGUUUGUCUUCACGGAUCCCACUGUGCAAGAUAUUCCAAUUCCCAGCACCACAAACUGGCAUUUUGCCUACGAUUGCUUGGAAGUGCUGAAGUCUAAUGAAACUCCUGGAUCUAUCUACAACUCACUAGUCCGAUCAGAAGAUGCUAAGUUUCUUGCCUGGAUCCUGGCUGCAGCUGCGCCCUGGACAAGCGUACCUCUACCACAAUCUGCAAAACCGAAAACCAAACUUCCUCUACCUUUUGGAACUCUUGUUGUCAGAGAAGGAAUCAAGGUGACCAGCAAAGUCUGCGAUGUUGUCACGGGUGCCUUUAGAAACUUUUUAGAUAUCACCGAGCUUCGAGAUGCGAUCAAGCGGAAGGAUGCUUAUGUGCAUGAGCGUGAUACGAUUGGAAUGUCUAUUCGAAGAUGGGACUUCCAGGGGAAGAAUUGGCGACUUCAAGUACUCUUGGCGAUCCUGGUGGAGGCAAUGAACAACGGUCAGAAUGCAUUUGAAGGAAUAUUCAGCGAAUGGCAGCUGUUCAUCGAUCAUUUGACGGAUCUGGAUGUUAUGGAUGCACCUUCAUUGAAGUUACUAGUCAAUGGAGAUGAGCUGAAAGCAGCACUCGGUGGGGUCAAACCGGGGAUGUGGAUGAAACCUGCGUUAGAUGUGUGUGUAGAAUGGCAAUUGAGAAACCCGGGUAAUGAGGAUAAGGAAGGGGCGAUCAAUGAAGGACAUCGAAAUGGUUCCUGCUCCGGCUCGCCUAAUUUUGGCAACCCUCAAAAAUCGCCUUUGGCAACGCAAAUCAUCUUCAUCUACAUCUACAACCCACGAAAUGCGAUCAAGAUGUUUGCUUCAGCCCGUAAAGCUGCUAAAUCAAAGGUCUCGAGUAAGGGCAUUAGCUCCGACGAGGUGUUGAUCCUCUCCCCCCAAUGUCUGCCUGAGCGCUACUCGCUCUCUCAGCUCUAUGAUGGCUUAGAGCUUAGCAAUGAAAGUAAAAGCAAAGAAGAUGACCUCCAAAGUCUUCUCAUUCUCAAUAGCUGCCUGAGCAACUUAGGUCGGCGCGAGAGAGAGAACGGCGAUGAUGAGAAUAUUAAGAGGCUAUCUUUAUGGAUUUCAAAAGCUAUCCUUCCCGAUAAAACUCUCAAUGGACAAGAUGAAAUUUCAGACGCCUCAAUAGAAAUGGCCCUCUCUCACACCCGCCACAAAGCAGCCCUAGGACUAGAGUCUCUCCAGAUCCUGAUUACCCAGCUUUCAUCUCCACGCCCCUCCACCAUAGACCCCAAGAUUAUCAUCACACUUAUCGCAUUCUCUUCCACAAUGGACCCCUGGACAACACCCGCAAUCCUUUCCCGCUCCACUUCCCUUCUCUCCCUCUACACCCCCCAAACGCACACCCAAGACCUCAUCAUCACCCUUCUAAACACCUUUAUCCGCCCCCUCUUCUCUCACUCAAAACCUAGCACCAUCACCUCCUCAGGCCGGAAAGCAAUGCCGUCCUCCGCGCCCCUACCAAAACACGACGUCGCAGCAGAACGCACCAGUAAACCGUGGAAAUACGAAACUGUGUAUGCUGUGCGGGUAUUUUCGUGGGUUGUGCAAAAUGCUCCGGGAGAGAUAAUAGCCCAAAACUGGCACCUCUUUCUCCCACCCCUCCUGACCCUCCUCGACGACGCCUCCACCGGCUUCCGCGCAACAGGCUCUCAUCUCCUCUCCACCUUCCUCCCGCACCUAACCUCCAAGCUGCUCAAGCAAAGCGGUAUCGGCGAGGUCUUCGAAGACGCGCUGCUGCCCACGCUGCUGUACCUGCCGAACCUGACGCCCGUGGACGAGAGUAUGCGCUUACUUUCCGGCGCGUAUGCAGCCCUGGGCGUGCUGUGCGAUGUGCGGUAUGAAGUGGGAGAGAAGGCGAGGAUUGAAUUCUUGGAUCGUGUGAUGAGGGGGGGUGUUUUUAUGGGCUAUCAUCAUGCUUCUGAAUACCCUGCUAUCGUGCAGCUUCUUCUUGAGCAAACGAAAGUACUUGUGGAGAAUAUGGGGAUACAUGCUGUUAAGCAUCUUAAGGACCUAAUCCCAAUCCUCUCAACCACACUAACAGACCCCUUCGCCCCCACCAACCCACCGCUCCUCCUCUCCGCAAUCCGAGCCUUGCAAACCGUACUCUUGAACUGUUGGCCACGGAUCAGUGAGCCGAAGUAUAAGAUAGAGAUUAUUAAGGCGCUCUCAGUAUCUUGGAAAGACGUCUCUGAUUCCGAAGAUAUGGACAGGUUGGAAGAGGUACAGAAGGAGUUGAAGAUGGCAGGACGGCUGUUUGUCAAUGCUGUAGAGGGGGAUGUGAAUAUUAGAGCCGAAUUAAGGCCUUUAGUGGAGGUGAAUAGGGGGGUGGGGAUUAUGUUUGGGGUUGGGGAGGGCUCGUAA